UCCCCACGCUGGUUCCGCGUCCUCUCAGAGCCGUACCUCAGCCUGUGCUGAGCGUCUCGUGUCUGGGCUGUCGCCGCCGCCGCCUCCGCCGCGAUGGGCAAAACUACAGACAGUCGGGAUCCGGGAGCUCGGCCCGACCCCGUGCGGAGCUUCAAUCGUUGGAAGAAGAAACACAGACAUAAGCAGAGCCAAAAGAAGCAGUUGAGGAAGCAGCUGAAGAAGCCCGAGUGGCAGGUCGAGCGCGAGGUGAUCAGCCGCCUCAUGCAGAACUACGAGAAGAUAAAUGUAAAUGAAAUUACAAGAUUUUCAGAUUUCCCCUUAUCCAAAAAAACCCUAAAAGGUCUGCAAGAAGCCCAGUACCGUUUGGUAACUGAGAUACAGAAGCAGACCAUUGGGUUGGCGUUGCAAGGUAAAGAUGUCCUCGGAGCUGCCAAAACUGGGUCUGGCAAGACUUUGGCUUUCCUUGUUCCAGUGCUGGAAGCCUUGUAUCGUCUGCAGUGGACCUCAAUGGAUGGGUUGGGGGUCCUGAUUAUAUCACCUACAAGAGAACUGGCCUAUCAGACCUUUGAGGUUCUCCGGAAAGUAGGGAAGAAUCACGACUUCUCGGCCGGCCUCAUCAUUGGUGGAAAGGAUCUGAAACACGAAGCCGAGAGGAUCAAUAACAUAAAUAUACUCGUCUGCACACCGGGUCGGCUUCUUCAACACAUGGAUGAGACAAUAUGUUUCCAUGCUACCAAUCUCCAAAUGUUAGUUCUUGAUGAAGCAGAUAGAAUCCUGGAUAUGGGCUUUGCUGAUACCAUGAAUGCUAUUAUUGAAAACCUUCCCAAGAAACGUCAGACUUUGCUUUUCUCAGCUACGCAAACCAAGUCUGUAAAGGACCUUGCACGCUUGAGUUUAAAAAACCCUGAGUACAUCUGGGUUCAUGAAAAAGCAAAAUAUAGCACCCCUGCCACUUUGGAACAGAACUACAUAGUUUGUGAGCUGCAGCAGAAAAUAAGUGUGCUGUAUUCCUUUUUGAGAAGCCACCUGAAGAAGAAAAGUAUUGUAUUUUUUUCCAGUUGUAAAGAGGUUCAGUACCUGUACCGGGUGUUCUGCCGGCUGCGUCCUGGUAUCUCCAUCCUCGCCCUGCACGGCCGGCAGCAGCAGAUGAGAAGAAUGGAAGUCUACAAUGAGUUUGUACACAAGAGAGCUGCGGUGCUCUUUGCCACUGAUAUAGCAGCCAGGGGCCUGGAUUUCCCAGCUGUGAAUUGGGUUCUUCAGUUUGAUUGUCCAGAGGAUGCUAACACAUACAUUCACAGAGCAGGCAGAACCGCCAGAUACAAAGAGGAUGGUGAAGCUUUAUUAAUUCUGCUUCCCUCAGAAGAAAAAGGGAUGGUGCAGCAGCUCCUUCAGAAGAAAGUGCCUGUGAAAGAAAUCAAAAUCAAUCCAGAAAAACUUAUAGACGUUCAGAAAAAAUUGGAAUCAUUUUUGGCUCAAGACCGAGAUUUAAAAGAAAGAGCUCAAAGAUGUUUUGUCUCCUAUAUACGUUCCGUCUAUCUGAUGAAGGAUAAAGAGAUAUUUGAUGUGAGCAAGCUACCUAUACCUGAAUAUGCCCUGUCUCUCGGGCUUGCUGUGGCACCACGGGUCAGAUUUCUUCAGAGAAUGCAAAAAUUGCAACCCACCACAGAACAGGUGGUGAGCCAAGAUAAUAAAGUCAUUGAGCCAAGGGCUCCCUCCCUCACCAGUGAUGAAGUGGAAGAAUUUAGAGCCUACUUCAAUGAGAAGAUGUCGAUUCUUCAGAAAGGUGGAAAAAGACCAGAAGAGACAGAGUAUAGACUGGAUGAUGGUAUUAGUGAUGAAGAGGAAGAAGAGAAGGAAGAUGAAGAAGGAAUGGAAGAGAAGCUGGCAAAAGCAAAAGGGUCCCAACCUCAGUGUGUCCCUAGCGAUGAAGAGUCACAGAAGACCAAGGAAGUUCCUGUGCAGUUCUUGGACAGAGAUGAGGAGGAGGAGGAAGACGGCCUUGAUGCUGACUUCUUUAAGGUGAAGCGGCACAAUGUGUUUGGGUUGAAUCUUAAAGAGAAUAAAACAUCACAGAAGAAAGAACCUUCUAAAUCCAGGCUGAAGAAAAAAGUGACCAAGGUCGCAGAGGCAAAAAAAGUAAUGAAGAGAAAUUUUAAAGUAAACAAGAAAAUAACGUUUACUGACGAAGGGGAGUUGGUUCAACAGUGGCCACAAGUGCAGAAAUCUGUCUCAAAGGAGACCGAGGAAGAGGACGAUGCCGGCGGUAUCAACUUAGAUAAAGCAAAGGAAAGGCUUCAAGAAGAGGACAAAUUUGACAAAGAAGAAUAUAGGAAGAAAAUUAAGGCAAAGCAUCGGGAGAAGAGACUGAAAGAAAGAGAAGCCAGAAGAGAAGCCAAUAAGAAGCAAGCAAAGGUCAAAGAUGAAGAAGAAGCCUUUCUGGAUUGGAGUGAUGAUGAUGACGAUAAUGGAUUUGAUCCCAGCACACUGCCAGAUCCAGAUAAGUACAGGAGCUCUGAGGAGUCAGACAGUGAAGAUCUGGAAAAUAAAACUAGUGAUACCAAGAAGAAGCAGGGGAUGAGGAAGAGGAACAACCGUGAAGUGGAAGACGUGGGACCCACGGGUCAGAACAGAAAGAAGAGCAAGCGGGAGACCUUAGAGCCUGUGGCCACGGGCCUGUCGUUGGCCGAGGACGAGGAGCUGGUGUUACAUCUGCUCAGAGGUCAAAGCUAAACACUUCCUGCCGGUCUUCGCCUGGAGACCUCUGGUCAUGGUCAUGUGGACAAGAAGUUGAACAAAACGGCUGGCUUUGAGCACCCGGGUAACAUGGGUCCCGUGCCCAAAGGUCCCCGGCUCCAGGCGGGAGCAGUCAUGCCUCUGAGCCCCUUUCACAGGCCGUCCCAGCGCAGACUCACAGCGAGGGUGGAUUAUGCAGUUUCCUGAUCGCGUGUGCCAGCAUGUGCUCUGCUAGAUUUGAUCCAUGGGUUCCUUCAUCUUCUCCCUGGAAAUGCUCCCUUUGUUGUGCUGGCAAGUGCUGAAGACCUCGUUUCUUUUUAGAAAUUCCUGUCUUGCUUACCAUACAGAAGUUUCUCUGUAAUGUUAAACCAGAUUGCUCAUGAUUUUGAUGUAUUUAAUAUCUCUAAAGAGAAAGGGUAUGAUGGACCAACCCUGAGAAAAAAAUGAGUAUUUUUGGAUUUCCGUGAUCAAUAAUAAACAUAUUUCCUAUAAAA